GACCGGAGUUGGUGCUCUUGCUGUCGUCCUUGAUGAAGCCGCCACCAUCGCUCUUAGGAGAUGAUGGCCUUGCCAACAGAGCCAGGAUGUGCCGGGUUCUCCCCCAUUACACGUUGUUUCAGCAGCGCUUGCCCCUCGCUCCUCCCACCGUCCGGAGUGGAUCCCCCGAGGUACAAGCGCGCGCAGUUUUUUCCUCUCUAGAAGCUGCGCCCCAGGCCCGCCAGCGCUCGCCGGGCUUUCACCAACGGCGAGAAAGGAGCAUUUCGGUUGCGGGAAGCGAGGAAAAGAAGAAACGUCAGAGACCGCUUCCGUCUCUCUUUUUUUUCUUUCCCCUCCUCCUCCACGCUUCCGUGACUCACCCGCUGCGGUCACUUCUCUCGUUCUCACAGUUCAGCGCAUCUCCCGGAGGGCUCCCUGGUUUCUUUUUCCUCGAAGCCACCCUCCGGCUCCUCCGCAAGCCGUCCGCCUCCGAGGGGCCGGGCCACGUGUUUACAGGCAACCGGUCGGGACCCGAAACCUUAACUUCGCACACGGCCCAGCUGCAAAGGGCCGGAGACACUUGUUGCUCGCCGUCCUUUGGGCGGCACGCUCGCCGGAGCCUUCCACUCGCCUUGCAGUCCGAAUUUCGCCCUCAGCAGCUCGCGUUGUAUCAGGCCGAAGGAGCACAAAAUCCAGCAAACCAGUCCCCGUCGCUCAGCUUCGGCUACCAAAAAAACGACCGCCGGAGACAGGCUCCAAGCCACACCUCCUGGGCGGCCUCCCGACAGCUAAAAAAGGCCUCGCUGCGUUAGUUUCAACAUCAUCAUUUCAACAUUACUUUCAUCAUCAUCAUCAUCAUCAUCAUCAUCAUCAUCAUCAUCAUUCCUACAGUUUGUGUAUUGUACCUGGAGACAGGUGAGGCCCCUGCAUUUCAGCAAGAGAUAUGGAUACAUUUUUUUAAAACUAAAAAUGUGGAUUUUGAAUUUAGGUGUUACAGAGUUGCUGUUGUUAGCUGCCCAGUUUUACAUUAUGCAAGAGGGGCACCCAUAUAAAUAUUUAAAAUAAAUGUAAAUGAAUAAAUGCUAUUAUCCCAAUAGCUGAUCUAUUAGCCUGAUGGUUUUGAAGAAAUAAAGAAAAUUGCCCAAUAGCUUUUUGUAAUAAAACCUACUGUUGGUUUCUUCUCUUUAUUCAUUAAACUUUAGAUGGAUGCAACAUAA